GUCAAACCGCCUCCGACGGGCACCCCGCUCGAACGCACCUAUAUUGCCCGAUCGCGAUCGUAUUCUUGUGUUCUUUCGUGUGUUUAUAAACCUCGUAUGACGUGUUAAGGAGAUGAACGGCAGUGCAGCGACGGUGAAUGGUACCGUCAAUGGUACCAACGGUACUCUUAAUGGAAUUGGAGCCGCUCCACGUACAGCUACACUUGGAACUCCAAGCAGCUAUGCAUAUACAUCCAGCGGUUCCUUACUUGGUAGAGGAGGGUCGGCAAGGCCAGUGCCGCCACCGACUUUGCCCAAAUACAGUGGAUCGUUUAGCGCUGGUAGUGUUAGUUCUACCGGAUUGAGGGAAAGAGAUAGGGAAGGAACAGGUGGUUCUCACAGAUUAGCAAGUUUGGAAAGAUUAGCGCUUCGACAGAGGAUUAUAGAACAAAGUUCAAAUAACCAGGUAGUUACUGGUGCUCUCAAUAAUUCCACUACCAGUACUGGACCCACCUCAGCUACAGUCACCCUCACCGAUACGGCUACAUUACAAAGUAAACGCGAGCUGUUUUUCAAGUCUGAAUCAGUUAGCAGCGGCGGGGUGAGCGCAACAGGGCUGCCAAACGCUACGCCGCCCGCUCCGCCGCUAGCGCCCUCGUCCCUUAAGGACGCGCUCGCGAAACGCUCGGCGACUCUCCCGGAGCCGCAAGAGAACAACCACGUAGAAGCGAAUGGUACAGCGAAGUUGAUUAGUAGCGCAUCAGUUGACAUAAAAUCCAACCCGCCACAAAUGCCCGCUCCGCCUGUACCAACAUCAGCUCCGCCUGCUGCGCCACUCAGGAGCACAGAGAAUAUAAUUAAGAAGCCAGAUCACCCACCGGUUGCCCCAAAACCAGAACUACCUAAAAUAGAAAAACCCAAAACCAAAGAACUAGAUGGUUACGUCGGCUUUGCAAAUCUCCCUAACCAAGUAUACAGGAAAGCAGUCAAAAAGGGCUUCGAAUUCACUUUAAUGGUUGUUGGUGAAACCGGUUUGGGAAAGUCAACAUUAAUAAACUCGUUGUUUCUGACCGAUGUUUACGAUAAGGACAAACACCCGGGUCCAUCGCUCCGGGUUAAGAAGACAGUUGGUGUGGAGACCAGUGUUGUACUGUUGAAGGAAAAUGGCGUUAAUCUAACAUUGACUAUCGUUGAUACGCCAGGAUUUGGAGAUGCGGUGGAUAAUAGUAACUGCUGGCAACCAAUUAUCGACUUCGUGGAAUCAAAAUACGAAGAGUUUCUCAAUGCGGAGUCUCGCGUGACGCGUCAAGCGGCGCCACCUGACACGCGAGUCCAUUGCUGCCUCUACUUUAUUGCGCCGAGCGGACACGGGUUGAAACCCCUCGAUGUAGAGUUCAUGCAGCGGCUCGGCGAUAAAGUUAAUAUAAUACCAGUUAUUGCUAAAGCGGAUACCAUGACACCAGAGGAGUGUAUGGAAUUUAAAGAGCAGAUAAUGAAAGAAAUAAAUCAGCACAAGAUCAAAAUCUAUGACUUCCCGGAGAGUACGGGUGAGGAGGGCGAAGGAGAUGCGACUAAGACGCUUCGGAACAGAGUGCCAUUCGCGGUGGUCGGUGCCAAUACGGUCAUUGAACAGGAUGGAAAACGUAUUCGGGGCCGGAAGUACCCUUGGGGUAUUGCGGAGGUUGAAAAUCUCGAGCACUGCGAUUUCCUGGCGCUACGGAACAUGGUAAUAAGGACUCAUCUUCAGGACCUGAAAGAUGUUACCAGCUCAGUUCACUAUGAAAAUUAUAGAUGUCGCAAGUUAGCUGGCCUUUCACACGACGGCAAACCGCACAGGAUCAAUUCUAAUAAGAAUCCGUUAGCUCAGAUGGAGGAAGAAAAGAGGGAACAUGAUCAGAAAAUGAAGAAAAUGGAAAGCGAAAUGGAACAGGUCUUUGAGUCCAAAGUCCGCGAGAAGCGUGCAAAGCUCAAAGAGUCCGAGGCCGAAUUGGCUAGACGGCACGAAGCCACGCGACGCGCUUUGGAGGCUCAGGCGCGGGAGUUGGAAGAGAGACAGAGGGCGCUGCAAGCGGAACAAUCUGCCUGGGAGAGGGAGACCGGGCUCUCGCUUGACGAUCUGCGACGCCGAUCGCUGGAGGCCAAUAGCAAGGAAACAAUGGACGGCAAGGAAAAGAAGGAUAAGAAAAAGAAAGGUUUGUUCUAAUCGCGUUAAGCGUCGGCUUCGCACCCACCGUAACACACGUGACUAACCGUAUACCAGCGUAAGGAACGUGGUAACAUUGUCUAAUUCUAAUUAUAUAAAGAUGUUUACGUAUGUAUCCUUUAUAAAAAUCUUAUUCACUCAGAAAUAGUCGAAGUACGAUUUUAUUUUGACGUAUACGACACGAUUUUUUACCGUUAUAGGUAGUAUUGUGACAUUCUAUUUUUAAAAAUAUGUUUUUUUUCUGUAUUCAUAGUGCCUCGAUUGUAGGCCGAUGUAUCUAAAUUGGUUUAGCCAUGGAGUUUCCGUUUCCAAUUUGAAUCUAUUUCCGGUUUAUGACGUCUGAUUUUGGUCACAUACUUAGACAUCCUUAUACUCAGUAGGUCAUUAGACUAAAACCGGAUGGGAAUUGUCGGAUACUCUUGCUUUGGCCUUGUUGCUAAACACAUUUGUAUAGAGUUUUAACACAGUGUUUUCAUUUCAAGGUUUCAAUUCGACAUAUCGUAAUGUGUUGAAGAAAUGUACUUUAUAAAGUGAAUCGGAAUUUCAUGAGAUUAACUCAGUGCCAUUUCUGGAGCGGUUUCACUAAAUAUAAACCAUUAUACCUGUCUCUUUCAUUACGCUAACUUUAAACAGAGACAACAUCCCAAAUUUAAGGACAAGUAUUACACUUUCUAAAUUUCUAUAUACUAAUGCGAUCUCCAUUUUGUGAUGUAAAUAAGGUUCCGGGGUUAACUUGUAAUUUGACAUUCUUGUAUAGUUUUCUAUAUAUUUAUUAUUUACGACUUUCAGAUUGGUCAUUUAAGAAUGUCACGAGCGGUAUAGCACUAUAAUCGAGCGAUCUAGUAUUAAAUUUAUAAUAAGAACAACGAUUGUAAGACUAUUGAAUUAUUGACCAUUAUUCCAUGACAAAGCAUUUAUUUGUAAAGGCCUAAUUUACUUUUUGUAUCGAAAUUUUGUAACUUUUUGAGCACAAUUUUUUUCGAAUACGUCCGCGGAGAUGCCAAAGUAGUGUAGGAAUUAAUUAACAUCUUUUGUAAAUAGGGGUUUGUCAUACGGUUAUUCGUAAAAUUGAACAAUUUGACCGCAAUUUGCAUUCAUCUUCUUUUCUAAAUCUUUGCGUAGUUUAAACGCUAGUGUCUUAAUAAUUGAAAAUUGUUUAUCUAGAAUGUUCACGUUUAGACACACCUCUUACUUAUACACAAACGCUGUUUAUUAUAAGUAAGAGGUUAUUUUAGGAAACACGAUUCUAAAUUUUAAUGAAUUUAGAUAUUUUUUAUAACUAAAUGCUUGACAUUGUGUGGAGUGGCACGACGUUAUACAUGUGCUUAGUGAUAUUUAAUGCUCAUAGCUCAGUUGUGAAAUAGAUCUAGCAUUAGCUAGGACUCGUAUCUUUAUCAUAGGCGUAUGCGCAUAUUGCUUCAUACACAUUGGAAUUACUUAACUGUUUAUGAAGUUAUUAGUUGGUCGAGUCAUGCCUUCAUUUAUUCCUAUAAACCAGAUUACUCUACGCUGUUGUGAAUUAUGUUAUUCCAUAUUAGCCUCUUAGUCUUUGUAAAUAUUUUCGUUUAUUCAUAACAUGACAAAGAUAUAUACAAGUUAUGAAAUGCAUAAUCUUUAUUUAAUAUGUAUUCUCACAGUAUUGACUUCCGAGUUGAAUUAGCGUAGUUAUAAGUGUAAUGCUUUUUUUUUCAACCCGAUCUAAAGUGCGUAGUCAUUACAAGGAAUGUAAGAUGAGCGACGUUCGGACGAUGUAAUAUAUUGUACCUUUGAAAAUAUAAAUAAAUACGUAAUAUAUAGGCA